AUGCCAGCAUCUGCCGUUACACCCUCUCAUUGCUGCACCCUCCGCUCUGCUGACUGUUUGUGUGCCAUCAAAGUGUGUCGUGCCACAUGUCUCACCCUCACGGCUGCCUGUCACCAUGCCCGCUCUGCCCCUCCUCUGCCUGUGACCGUGCCGGACUUGCAGCAAGGCGCGAUUCAACUUCCUCUCAGGCCCGCUGCCCUCCGCGCUGGUUUCGCUGCCCACACUCUCCAACCUAUACUGCCGCUAUCCGUACUCAUCUCCCAUUCCCUCGAUCUGGCCUACAACUACCUCACCGGCACCGUGCCGGUCACGGUGGGCGCGGCGCUCAAGUCACUCUACAUAGGGGGCAACUUCCGGUCGGGCAGCAUCGGCACGCUCACGGGCGUGACGUGCUCCGCGGCACUCAAAUGCCUCACCUCGCAGGGCAGCUGCACAACCGGCGGCGUUCUCAACCGCGCCGGCUGCAACAUCUGCGGCAGCGCCAACACGCAGCGCACUCUGUUCAGCAACGGGCUGUGCGUGCCCAACGCCACGGCGGCGGUGGCGAGUAGCGAGACGCCCACGUUGUCCACGCCCAUGAUGCCCAUGUACUGCACCGGUGUCACCAUCAACGCUGCUGCAGUGACGGUGCUGGGCAACAUAAAGACGGCUGCGUUCACGGCACUGCUCAAACCCACGGCAGUGCUCAAACCCAAGGCGACGGUGGGCAGCGGCAGUCCCGUCAACCUGUCAGCACCCUCGCUCCCUCACCCUCUGCUGCUCUCUCUGCUUCCUGUUGCAUCAUCUGCUUGGAUGGGCGCAUCGUCUGUCUCGCUGAAGCUGGAGAACCAGAAGCUCACCAGCUCUCUGCACGCUGACAUCAGCAAGCUCUUUACGCUCACCACGCUGGAUGUGAGCUUCAACUUCUUCCGAGCCAACAUCGACACCUGGGCCUCGCCCCUCAAGCUCGCCACCAACCUGCUCUCGCUUCGCCUUAACAACAACUACCUCUUCGGCUCCGUGCCUCUCUGGCUCGUCUCCUUUGCCAAGCUCACCAACUUAACUUCCUGGGCGGCACGUUCCCGGCCAAUAGCGCGACUUACAGAACGGCGUACUACAACUGCAUCACCACCUACACCACGUGCCCCGCCGUCUACCCCCAACCUGCCGCAGCCCAGCUACGGGUGCCAGUUCUGCGGCACCACCAACGCGUUGGGCACGGCGUGCAUGGGCAACCCGUGUGUGCCCGUCACGCCCACGCCCAUCACGGCGAUCAACAAGUGGAACCCCGUCCCCGUCAUGCGCUGCGACCCUGUGCCCGUCCAAGCACCCAAGGUAACCCUUCCACGCCAACCUUCCGCUGCUGUGGCUCCUCCGCUUCUUGGCUCCUCGGCAGGAGGCGGCGACGCUGGUGGCGAUGGCACCGGGGCUGUGCAGACGUGCACCAUAGCGGGGCAGGCCUACAUCCCCGGCACGCUGCCCCUCGCCUUCUGCAAACCCGCCGGCAUGGUCCUCGACAUCACCAUCCCCCCUGGGCUACCUUCAAAGCCGGCAGAUGCGCACAUCAUAUCGUGCGCUCACGCUUCUGCCCUCAUUUCCUAUCACACAUAG